CAUGCUGCAUCAGUGCCCAUCAUGCCUGUGCUGGAUGGACUACGACAUGGUGAGCCGAUUGACGGCAGUCCAAGUGCCUCGAACCGACAGAAGAUUGUAGUCGUCGGUCUGGGGAUGGUGGCUAUCUCGCUGAUUGAGAAGAUUAUCAAACAAGACACAGAACGGAAAUACGAUAUCCUUGUCAUCGGCGAAGAGUCUCACGUAGCUUACAACCGUGUCGGACUAUCGUCGUACUUUGAACAUCGCAAAAUUGAGGAUCUAUACCUCAAUCCGACAGAAUGGUAUAACUCUUUCAAAGAACGAGCCUUCGAUCACCACCUCAACACUCGCGUAACGGCAAUCAACCCUUCUACAAAGACUGUCCAAACAUCUAUUGGCGCCACAGUACCAUAUGAUAUCCUUGUGCUCGCAACAGGCUCCGAGGCAGCCCUCCCCACACAGACGCCCGGUCAUGGUGCCAACGGCGUGUUCGUAUAUCGAACGAUCGCCGAUCUAGAACGUCUUAUUGAUUUCGCGGCUAAGCAUAAAGGCGAAAAUGCUGUGACAGUCGGCGGCGGGUUGCUAGGUCUGGAAGCCGCGAAAGCAAUGACAGACCUAGAGGAAUUUGGGAAUGUGAAAUUAAUCGAUCGGAAUAAGUGGGUGCUGGCGCGACAGCUAGACGGAGAUGCAGGGAUGUUAGUCACUAGCAAGAUCCGGGAGUUGGGACUUGAUGUUCUUCACGAGAAGCGAGUGAAGAUUGUUCAUACCGAUGAAGGAAAUAAUGUGGUUGGAAUUACGUUCGAGGAUGGGGAGAGGAUUGAUUGCUGUUGUAUUUGCUUCGCAAUCGGAGUCCAACCCCGCGAUGAGUUGGGACGAGAUAUUGGAAUCCAGUGUGGUGAGCGAGGCGGAUUUGUUAUAAACGAGAGUUUGCAAACCUCAAUCCCUGAUAUCUAUGCUGUCGGAGAAUGUGCAAGCUGGGAGAACCAGACGUUUGGGAUCAUUGCUCCAGGAAUUGAGAUGGCCGAUGUGCUCGCUUUCAAUCUCACCCACCCGGACCAGACACCCAGAGGUUUUACGCGGCCAGAUCUUAGCACGAAGCUGAAGCUGCUCGGGGUGGAAGUUGCAAGUUUCGGCGACUUCUUUGCCGACAGGGAUGGACCGAAGUUCCUUCCUGGUCAGCGGCCUGCCUCUGUUCCGAUAUCUGGGGAUAACUUGCGGGACGAACCUCCUGUCAAGGCCUUGACGUAUAAAGACCCGUUUUGUGGCGUAUACAAGAAGUAUCUAUUCACCAUGGACGGCAAGUUCUUGCUUGGAGGCAUGAUGAUUGGCGAUACCAAGGACUAUCUGAAGUUGAACCAGAUGGUUAAGCUCCAGAAAGAACUUGAGGUUCCUCCGAGUCAAUUCAUCCUUGGUGUCCAGAAUGGCGGAGAGGAAAAUGCAGAUGAUCUAGAUGAUAGCACGCAGAUCUGCUCAUGCCACAAUGUCACCAAGGGUGACGUGGUCGAGAAUGUGAAGAGCGGCACAUGCAAGAGCAUUGCCGAAGUCAAGUCAUGCACUAAGGCGGGAACAGGCUGCGGUGGCUGCAUGCCUCUGGUGCAAUCAAUUUUUAACAAGACAAUGCUUGAGAUGGGCCAGGAAGUAUCGAACAACUUGUGCUCCCAUAUCCCCUAUUCCCGAGCCGAUCUAUACAACGUCGUGGCUAUCAAGCAACUGAAAAGCUUCGUCGACAUUAUGAAAGCCGUUGGAAAGAACCCAGAUUCCCUCGGUUGCGAACUGUGCAAGCCCGCAAUUGGCUCAAUUCUGUCUAGUCUGUAUAACCCACACGUCAUGGACAAGGGCAUCAAUGACUUGCAGGACACAAACGACAAGUUCCUUGCCAAUAUCCAGAGAAACGGCACAUUCUCGGUGGUGCCUCGUGUUCCGGGUGGAGAGAUCACAGCCGAUAAACUCAUUGCCAUCGGAACCGUGGCAAAGAAAUACGGUCUCUAUUGUAAGAUCACUGGUGCCCAGCGCAUCGACAUGUUCGGUGCGAAGAAGCAGGACCUUUUGAACAUCUGGACGGAACUCGUCGAUGCGGGUAUGGAGAGUGGACAUGCCUAUGCAAAGGCUCUUCGAGCGAUCAAGAGCUGCGUUGGAACCACAUGGUGUCGCUUUGGUGUCGGUGACAGUGUCGGCAUGGCAAUUCGCCUGGAAGAGCGGUACAAGAGCAUUCGCGCCCCACACAAGUUUAAAGGGGCAGUGUCUGGCUGUGUGCGAGAGUGUGCCGAGGCUCAAAACAAAGAUUUCGGACUCAUUGCCACGGAGAAGGGAUACAACAUCUUCGUUGGUGGCAACGGGGGUGCAAAACCCAGACACGCCGAACUCCUCGUAACAGACGUACCCGCCGAGAUGGUGAUGCCAAUCAUUGAUCGCUAUCUGAUUUUCUAUAUCCGGACAGCCGACAAACUGCAGCGCACAGCCAGAUGGAUUGAGAACCUACCAGGCGGAAUCCACUACCUCAAAGAAGUGAUCGUCGACGACAAACUCGGCAUUUGCGCCGACAUGGAAAAGCAGAUGCACGAACUUGUUGACAGCUACUUCUGCGAAUGGACCGAAACCAUCAAAGAUCCCAAGCGUCGAAAAGUGUUUCAGCAAUUCGCCAACACCAACGACACCCUCGAGACGGUAGAAGUCAUCCAAGAGCGAUCCCAGAAACGACCCACCUACUGGCCCAAGGAUACCACCGAGCGACAAGAUUUCAAAGGCCACCAGUGGUCAAGCCUCUCCUGGCAACCUGUCAUCCGGGCAGACCAUUUCUCCGACGAGCCCCCGCAGGUGUCAUCGGCGAAUGUCAAGCGCGGUGAUACCCAGCUUGCUAUCUUCAAGAUCAAGGGUAAAUUCUACGCGACGCAGCAGAUGUGUCCGCACAAGCGAGCUUUCGCUCUCUCCGAUGGACUCGUUGGUGACGAUGAUGCUGGGAAGUACUGGGUGUCGUGUCCGUAUCACAAACGGAAUUUUGAGCUCAAUGGUGAACAGGCGGGACGGUGCUCGAAUGAUGAUAGUAUGAAUAUUGCGACGUUUCCCGUUGAGGAGAGGGAAGAUGGAUGGGUUUAUGUUCAGCUUCCCCCGGUUGAGGAGUUGGAUUCGAUCUUGGGAACGGAGAAGUGGAAGGUGCGGAAGGGUGAGGCGGAAGAUCCUUUCCACAAAGUGGACAAGAAGUUCAAGGGCAUGAAGGGGAAGAAGGUUGCAGAUGGUUUCUUGCGGACAGUGCAGCCAGCCAAGACCAUUGAUUGGUAG